UCCGAAGCCAAUGGGCGUCCAAAUCGACCAAUGAAGUUCACGCGUUUCGUCGAAGGCGUGACUUCCGGUGUCUCGUAUAUCCCAUUUGAGGCCUGUCCAUGCGGUUUGUUCUGUAGGUGGACGCUUAGCUUAAACUGCAGAAGACAAAAUGGCUGAGAAUGAUGUUGACAACGAGCUGCUCGACUAUGAAGAGGACGAAGAGCCUCAGGGAGCGCCAGAGAGCGCCGCGCCUGCCGGCAAGAAGGAGGUGAAGGGUUCCUACGUUUCCAUCCACAGCUCUGGGUUCAGAGACUUUCUGCUCAAACCAGAGCUGCUCCGCGCCAUCAUCGACUGCGGUUUUGAGCAUCCGUCUGAAGUCCAGCACGAGUGCAUCCCACAAGCUAUCCUGGGUAUGGACAUCCUGUGCCAAGCCAAGUCUGGUAUGGGCAAGACAGCCGUGUUUGUGCUGGCCACACUGCAGCAGAUUGAACCUAUUGACGGACAGGUCUCUGUUUUGGUCAUGUGCCACACAAGAGAGCUGGCCUUCCAGAUCAGCAAAGAGUACGAGCGUUUCUCCAAGUACAUGUCCUCGGUGAAGGCAGCAGUGUUCUUCGGCGGCAUGGCCAUCAAGAAGGACGAGGAGGUUUUGAAGAAGAACUGCCCGCACAUCGUCGUCGGCACGCCGGGUCGUAUCCUCGCUCUCAGCCGGAGCAAGGUCCUCAUUCUGAAGAACGUCAAACAUUUUGUGCUGGACGAGUGUGACAAAAUGUUGGAUCAGUUAGACAUGAGGUCUGACGUGCAGGAGAUCUUCAGGGCGACCCCUCAUGAGAAGCAGGUCAUGAUGUUCAGCGCUACAUUGAGUAAAGAGAUCCGACCAGUCUGCCGUAAAUUCAUGCAAGAUCCCAUGGAAGUGUUUGUGGACGAUGAGACCAAACUAACCCUCCACGGCCUGCAGCAGUACUACUCCAAACUGAAGGACAGCGAGAAGAACCGCAAACUCUUCGACCUGCUCGACGUGUUGGAGUUCAACCAGGUGGUGAUCUUUGUCAAGUCAGUCCAGCGCUGCAUCGCUCUGUCCCAGCUUCUGGUGGAGCAAAACUUCCCUGCAAUUUCCAUCCACAGGGGCAUGACUCAGGAGGAGAGGCUUUCCCGCUAUCAGCAGUUCAAAGACUUCCAGAGGCGGAUCCUGGUGGCCACUAAUCUCUUCGGCAGAGGGAUGGACAUCGAGCGAGUCAAUAUCGUUUUCAACUACGACAUGCCGGAAGAUUCUGACACCUAUUUGCACAGGGUUGCCCGUGCUGGUCGUUUUGGCACCAAAGGCCUGGCUAUAACCUUUGUGUCUGACGAGACUGACGCCAAGACUCUGAACGAUGUGCAGGACCGCUUCGAGGUCAACGUGUCCGAGCUGCCAGACGAGAUCGACAUCUCCUCUUACAUCGAGCAGUCCAGAUGAGUCCUCCUCCGGCCCGGCAGACGUCUCCCCUCCAUGGAUCUCAUGUCGUGUGUUUGGAUCUAGACGUACUUCACUGUUGAUUUAAAGCUCUGCUCUGUGCCCUGUGUUCACCAAACGUUUAUUUUUAUUGGCAUUUUUUGGGGGGAGGGGCGGAUUUUAAUUUGUCUUUUACUGUCUGUUUUUUGCUUAUUGAUAUUAAAACUUUUUAUAAAAUGCCAUUUUUACUGUUGUUGUCUGUACCCCCCCUCCUUCUCUGGAGAUUUCCCUCGAGAGCAGAGCUUCAGGGAAACGUGUAGAAAGUAGUUCUGAGGAACAUGUAACCAAUGUGAUAACCUUUUGUUGUGUUCUAUUUUAUUUUCCUCUCAGCAUAAGAUCUGAUUGUCAACAAAGAACUAAAGUCCUGAUAACUACUUUGACUAACAUGGCAGCUCUUUCUUUGAAUUUCCAGUUGAAUGCCUCCAAUAAAUGAAGUCAGAAAGUCGUA